GUGUAAUUAUUGUGCGCGACGCCAUCGAAGGCGAGAAGGAAAGAGCCUCAUAGUUUCCGAGUUCCAUUACAAAAUCUGGGAACUCGGGUGCCAAAAAAGAUGCCCUUCGCUUAGGACAUGCAUCCCACUCGGUUGCCAGCAACCAUCCAAUCCGUCCUCUCUUCACUGCCCUUUAGAAGAGCCAUGGAUUUCUCUGCCGAUCUUGUAUCUCUCUCUGCCACAAGUGCCCUCGGGCUGCUCGCACUGUAUUGUGUCUUGAGAAUCUUCCAUAGAGGCGGCAACCAUAAGAAGAGAUACCCUCCGGUCGCAGGCACCAUCUUCCAUCAGUUCCUUAACUUCCGUAGGCUCCAUGACUACCACACCGAGCUUUCUCGCAAGUACAAGACCUUCAAGCUCCUUGCCCCUUUCCGCCAGCAGAUCUACACCUCGGAUCCAACGGUCGUUGAGUACAUCCUCAAGACCAACUUCCCAAACUAUGGCAAGGGAUCGUUUAGCUAUCAAACUGGACAAGAUCUAUUUGGAGAUGGAAUCUUUGUGGUAGAUGGUGAUAAAUGGCGCCACCAACGAAAGCUUGCAAGCUAUGAAUUCUCAACAAAAGUUUUAAGAGACUCUAGUGGUGCCAUUUUCAAAAGUAAUGCUGGAAAGCUUGCUCAUAUAAUUUCUAAAAGUGUGAUCGCUAACAAAAAAUUGGAUAUUCAAGAUUUGUUCAUGAAGUCAACGAUGGACUCCAUAUUUAAAGUUGGGUUUGGAAUGGAUCUCGACUGCUUGCAAGAUUCUUAUGAUGGAAGCAUAUUUACAAAUGCAUUUGAUGAUUCGAGUGAGUUGAUCAUGCGACGUGUGGUUAAUGUCUUUUGGAAGAUCAUGAAGCUUUUGAAUGUAGGUUCUGAAGCGAUACUCAAGGAACGAAUCAAAGUGGUUAAUGAUUUCACAUACAAGUUGAUCGAUAAGCGAGUUGAACAAUCUUCGAAUGGAAGAAAUGAUUUAGUGAAAAAAGAAGAUAUCCUAUCAAGGUUUUUGGAGGAGAGCAAGAAGGAUCCGCAAAAUAUGACCCAUCAGUAUUUAAGAGACAUAGUACUGAAUUUUCUGAUCGCUGGUAAAGACACCACAGCAGGCACUCUAUCUUGGUUCUUCUAUAUGCUUUGCAAAAAUCCUUCAAUUCAAGAAAAGAUAUCUCAAGAAGUCAAGGAAGUAACUGAAGCUAAGGAAGAUGCAACCUUCGAUGAUUUCGCCAAAAGUAUCACUGAUGAAUCUCUUAACAAGAUGCACUACCUUCAUGCUGCACUCUCAGAAACAUUAAGACUAUAUCCUGCCGUUCCCUUAGAUAACAAGGUUUGCUUUUCAGAUGACAUUCUUCCUAAUGGCUUUAAUGUGAGGAAAGGGGACAUCGUGUUUUAUCAACCUUAUGCAAUGGGUAGAAUGGAAUACUUAUGGGGUAAGGAUGCUGAGUGUUUUCGACCAGAAAGGUGGCUCGACGAUAAUGGAAUUUUCCAAGCUGAAAGUCCUUAUAAGUUCACAGCCUUCCAGGCUGGUCCAAGAAUUUGUUUGGGAAAAGAGUUCGCUUACAGACAGAUGAAGAUAUUUGCAGCUGUCCUCCUCCGCUUCUUUGUAUUCAAGCUUAGUGAUGAGAAAACGGUUGCCAACUAUAGAACCACCAUAACCCUUCAUAUUGAUCAGGGUCUCCAUCUUCAUGCUUUUUUAAGAUAAAAUACAUAGGAUAAUGUGUUUGGUGUACCGGUAAUUUUGUUAUGUAGAAGGACAGGUAACCUGAAUGUAAUUAAGUAUAAAAUGUUCUGUUCAUGUUUUUAUCUUUUUGGAGGGUAGAAGGAGGCAAAGAUGCCUUCUGUAUUUUAUUAAGGGAGUAUUUACAAUGGAAGAUAGUUACAAGAACAUAUCACUGUAAGCCUCUGGAGAAACUUACAGCACAAGUACAGAAAGAAUACGGAACAUAGAUUGUUCAGAGAACAGAGAGCACUCUGCUCAAGCAAUCGGGCCUCUCCCUCUCAACAUCCACCUCUCCUCAUGAGAGAACCAUAGAAGCCUUAGUCAGCCGGAGGGAAGAUAAGUGCAAUGGAUGUGGAUCUGGGGAGCGAACUAACGGAGCUAAUCUGUUCCAUAGAAGAGAAUGACUGUCUAUGGAUCUCGAAGAACAGAGAUAUUUCCAGAUAUUGAAAGUCUGAAGAACUCUAUGUAAUGGUGAGCAAACAGAACCUGACUAAAUGAGGAAGAUCCUCCAGUUAAUUUCUUUCUUUCCAAA